AUGCAGCAGGCCGGUGUCGAUGUCAUCAUCGUUUCCGACCCCUCCAACAUGGCCUGGUUGACGGGCUAUGACGGCUGGUCGUUUUACGUCCACCAGGCAGUACUGCUGGGCCUCGACGGAGAUCCCGUCUGGUUCGGCCGCGGGCAGGACGCGCAAGGAGCCUUCAGGACCUGCUUCAUGCACCCGGACAAUGUCAUCGGUUAUCCGGACCACUACGUUCAGUCGACCGAGCGUCAUCCGAUGGAUUAUCUGGCCGCGCGGAUUGAGGAGCGGGGCUGGGCAUCGUCGAACAUCGGCGUUGAAAUGGACAAUUACUGGUUCACAGCAGCAUCCUAUGCGUCGCUGCAAAAACACCUGGCCGAUGCAAACUUUCAGGAUGUGACGGCGCUGGUGAACUGGCAACGGGCAGUGAAAUCCGAACAGGAACUCACCUAUAUGCGUACGGCCGGAAAACUGGUCGAAAAGAUCCAUGCGCGCAUUUUGGAAAAGGCAGAGCCCGGCCUUCGCAAAUGCGAUCUCGUCGCCGACAUUUAUGAUGCGGGCCUGCGCUAUGAUGCCGGUCUCGAGGCCGGCGGCGACUAUCCGGCAAUCGUUCCGCUUCUGCCGUCGGGAAGUGAUGCGGCAGCUCCGCAUCUCACCUGGGACGACAAGCCGAUGAAAUCCGGUGAAGGCACGUUUUUCGAGGUCGCCGGAGCCUAUCACCGCUAUCAGUGCCCGCUUUCCAGGACGUUGUUUCUCGGCAAGCCGACACAGACCUUUCUUGAUGCGGAAAAAGCCGUGCUUGAAGGCAUGGAGGCCGGGCUUGAGGCCGCCAGGGCCGGCAAUCUUUGCGAAGACAUCGCACACGCGUUUUUUGCCGUUCUGAAGAAGUACGGCAUCACCAAGGACAACCGCACGGGCUAUCCGAUCGGUAUCUCCUAUCCACCCGACUGGGGCGAGCGCACCAUGUCGCUGCGGAGCGGCGACCGCACUGUCUUGCGGGAAAACAUGACAUUCCACUUCAUGACCGGUCUGUGGAUGGAUGACUGGGGUUUCGAGAUCACCGAAAGCAUUGUCAUCCGUGACGGCGCACCGGAGUGCCUUUCCAAUGUUCCCCGCAAGCUUUUUGUGAAGGCCUGA